AGAAAAUGGUGACGUCAAAAGAAUUGUGUCAAGUUGCUAAACCCCAUAUAAUGGAUUUAAACGAUGACUGUUUGGGCAUGAUUGUACGGCGUCUGGAUGUAAUGCAACAAUAUCAAAUCUCCAAAUUACACACCCGUUUCAAACAAAUUGUCAAAUCUCAAUGGCGUUGCAAACUAAAUCACAUAGCCAUAUAUCCUGAAUUAUUGGAGAGCGUUGACGAAACAACUUUCAUUGGCUUCAUUCAAGAAGUUGGUCCGCAUAUGCAGAGCUUGAUAAUGCGUCAUUGUGAUAUUAAAUAUUUACGCCUUCUCAACGAUCUGACAUUUAAUCGUACCGAAACUUUCAUUUGGAUGGGUGAAGGAGGUGCCCGUGGUUAUGUGUUGGAUAUUGGUGGUGAAGAAUUGUCCGAAUCGGGUGAUCGUGAACAUCAAUUUCUAGAUGAAGAUCUCAAUCUAUUGACCAGAAUAUUUCCCAAACUGAAAGUACUCAAGUUACGGGGUUGUCAAAUAACUGGCAAAUAUUUGGCACAGUUAUCAUCCCUGAAACACCUCUCCUUGGAUGAUUGCCAGUGUCUGGAAUCGGAUAAUUUCCAAGAAGUAUUUCAAGAGCUGAAGUUACGUAAAUUCGACAUAAUGGAAGACUGUGAUGAAAUCAAUUGUUGCGAUCUAAUCGAAUUGAAAAAAUGUCCCACUUUGGAACACAUAAAAAUUGCCGAUUAUCAUUUGUGUUUCGAUACGGAUAUCAUUAAUGAUAUCUUGCGGAUGCCAAAUUUAAAGAAACUUUCAAUAUAUUCCAAAAAUUUUGUUUUUGAUGUUUUGGAAAGGAUUUCGAGAACAAAUCUCAAACAAAUCGAAGCUUUUAAAUUCAAUGGAGUUUUGCAUAAUUUCGAAAGGUUCUUUCGUGAAUUGAAUCAUAUGCGAUUUUUAAAGAAACUCUCAUUUUAUGAAUGUCGUGGCUAUGACAUUGAGGGGAUACGUGAUCAUAUGCUGCUGCAAAUAAGUAAACAAUUUGCCGAUUUGGAGGAGAUCCAUUUGUGUUCCUGUGAUUUGGAAAGUGAUCGCGGCGUGCUGAGUUUUGUACAGAAUUGUCGUAAAUUGAAAUUGAUCAAUUUAACCCAUUGCCGUAAGGGCAUUAGCGAAUCGGUGAUAUGGCGUUGCAUGGAAAUGAUAAAGAAACAAAAGUGGCGUACACACACUUUGGAAAUGUGGCUCAAGGAUACAUUUAUUGAUAAAUCGAUAUUGGAGGAUCCUCGUUACAUGUACAACAAUCGUUUUCUCAAAUUGGAUUUCAAACAAUAUCUACAAGACUCAAAUCCACCUGGAGUACUGAAAUUCACAUUUUCAACUUAG